AUGGUGGUCGCGGUGGUCCCGGCAGCUACUCCGGAGGCAGAAGCGUCGACCGCGGAGGCCGUGGAGGUGGCUCCCGUGGGAACCGCGGCGGCUUCAGAGGAGACCGCGGUGGACACAGGGACGACUUUGGCGGAGGAAGCAGAUGUGAUCGCAGUCGUGGUGGGCGAGGGGCCUGCGGCGGCUUCGCUCCUCGCCGUGACGCAUUCGAAGGCGAGGCUUACACUUUCUACAGGGCUCAUCAACACCGUAACCUGGGUCGCUCGCGAACUCCCAGCACCCGUCGUGACGUAUGCCAACGAAAGUACUUUACACACUCGCAGCGGCUCUUGGAACUUGACUGGUGUUGAGUUCGCCAAGCUAGGUCCGAGGAUCACCAACUGGGACUGGGUCCGCAUCGCGGAAGGCGCAAAUCCCAGGGUGUCUACCGACGAAGUCGCACAGUGUGUUCAGGAGUUUUUUCGGUUCCUCAACGAAAGUGGACUUGUCAUCGACACUCAGGCUCCGGAUGCCCUUCACCGGAUCACCGUCGGCCGCGGUAUCGCCACCAAGUACAAUAGGAGAACGUUCACAGCCAUAGCAGACGACACCACGAAGGCGAAGGGCAGCACCGAGGGCUUCUUCCUGCUUGUCAUCCUACCUAGGAAAGAUACGACGCUCUACGGUGCCGUCAAGUCUGUCGCCGACGUACACUUCGGCUUUCACACCGUAUGCUCCGAGGAGAAGUCGUUCCUCAAGACCAGUCCCCAGACUUUCGCCAAUAUCGGCCUCAAGUGGAACCUCAAAAACGGCGGCAACAACCACGUCGUCAAGGACACCUACGACGUCAUCACCUCGGGCAAGGCCAUGAUUGCCGCAUGCGACGCCGUCGCGCGGGAGCAGCUUUCCCGCCAGGAGAUGCUCGGGGACGAGCUGACGGAGCACUUUAAGUCUCGCCUGAUGUCGUGGCGCCAGCGCAACCUAAACAAUCUCCCCGAGUUCAUCAUCAUCUACCGCGACGCAGCUCAGAAAGCCAGUUCACCCAAGUCCUUACGACUGAGCUGCCUAUGA